UCCUGGCCAUUGGCGUCCAACGAAAAGGUUACACACCUAGGGCGCUCCACCCAGCCGAGCGUUCCUGUACACAUCAAAUUCCCUCUUCGUAUAGCUCAAAAAAAAAAUCCCUCUUCGUAGUCUGGAGGCGGGAGAUUCGGAAGCCAUGGCGGAGGAGCAGUUCCUGGCCGCAGCGGUGGACGCCGCCAAGAGCGCCGGCGAGAUUAUCCGCAAGAGCUUUUACCUAACCAAGAAUGUGGAGCACAAGGGCCAGAUGGAUCUGGUGACGGAGACGGACAAGGCCUGCGAGGAUCUCAUCUUCAACCACCUCCGGAUGCUCUACCCGGACCACAAGUUCAUCGGCGAGGAGACGUCUGCAGCCCUCGGCUCCACCGAUGACCUCACCUACGACCCCACCUGGAUAGUCGACCCUCUCGAUGGCACCACCAAUUUCGUUCAUGGCUUUCCUUUUGUGUGCGUCUCGAUUGGCCUCACCAUUGGGAAGAUUCCCACCGUUGGAGUUGUGUACAACCCCAUCAUGAAUGAGCUUUUCGCAGCUGUUCGUGGAAAAGGUGCUUUUCUCAAUGGUUCUCCAAUUAAAACAUCGCCUCAAAAUGAGUUGGUGAAGGCUCUUAUGGUGACAGAGUGGGACCAAGAUCUUGUUCAACAAGUAUUCAAUGCUGAUGUUGGCCCUCAUAUUCUGAGUAUUCCAAUUAAGGAGGGAUUUGAUGAUCUUCCAGCUUGGCAUCCCGAUCCGAAAGGUCAAACAUCAACUUGCACUGUAGCAGAUCCGACAACAAGCACUGCAAUGGUUUGGACCAAGCUUUAGAGUUUGAGAAUGCCUAGGAAAAUCAUCAUGUUCCUUUGGAGAUUGAGUCACGACACCCUUCCUGUCCGGUUAAAUCUUAAACGUCGUGGAAUUGACCUGGAUACCAUUUGCCUGAUGUGCAAACACCUCGACGAGGAUGGUGGCCAUGCCUUCCUCAAAUGUAAAUUUGCGAAGGCCGUUUGGCGUGAAGCUAACCAAGAGCAUGUAAGGGGAUUGGUGCUCAGUUGCACUGAUGCAAAACAAUCAGUCGAAGUUCUGCUAUGCUUGGAGAAUGUGACAUCCAUGUUCUGCAUUUGUUUGAUGUGGAAUUUGUGGAAUGCUAGAAAUGCUGUCAAUAAUGGUGAUAGGUGCCCUUCAGCAGCGGCGGUCGUAUCCUGUAGUGCUGUACAGGUUACAGAAUUUUCUGAACACCUUCGUAUACCUUCAUGUUCGGUUGUAGCGCCUGCUGAGCGCUGGUCUAAGCCUCCUGAUGAUUUCCUAAAGAUGAACACUUGUGGCACGUUCCUAAAAGAUAACAGUACAGGAGGUUGGGGCUUUUGUGCAAGGGAUGCUUCUGGAGAUGUCAUCGGUGCUGGUAUGGGCCACAUCCACUUCCUGAAGGAUGCUUUGCAUACAGACGAUAGCUUGUCUGAAGGCGAUUGAGUUCGCGACUGAAGUUGGGUUUGGGCGUAUCAUCAUUGAAACAGACUCGACUGUGCUCGCUUGGGCUCUUCUUUCCAAUGAAUUGGAUACUGCUUGUAACGGAGUUCUCUUUUGGGAGGCAAAAUUUCUUCUUUUUACUAGCUUUAUCGAGUUUAAGGUGCUUGCGUGUAAGCGUGGCUGUAACUCAGUGGCGCAUGUCCUGGCUACUCCAUGGUGCCCAUAUGUCCCAGGGAGGUACCAUGUAUUAUCUCUGGUGGCUAGCAAUCUAGCUGCUUCUGUAUGUUAAUAAUAAAGCCAGGUUACUGUUUAAAAAAACGUGGGGUUGGGGGCGGGGGGCCAGCCUUUUCCUUUUCAGUAUGCAACUGACAAGGAUAUAUUGAGAAUUUUAGGUGUGUGCUCAGGUAGACUAGCCAGCCAACAGUCGCUGGUUAGACAUGUGCAACCUAUGAGCUAAUGCUUUGUCGGUACACAUACUUAUAUGACCAUUCAUGCAUUUUCUUUAACUCUCCAAUUGUAAAUGAGAUGAACAGAAUUGUGUGUAUCAAAUCUGUCCAUAUCACAUUGAAUGGCUUUUAAAUUGUUCUGCAUCUUGAAUUAUCGUACUAGCAGAAUGCAUAAAAUAAUUGCUCAUUUGUUGGCCUUCUUGUUAGAGUGGGAGAACGGCAUAGAGUUACUGUUAUCCGUUCCAUAUUAGUUUCAAUACAGCACAUGGUUCAUUGGAGAAGCAUAGUUUAAGCCCCUCGUACUUGAUGACACAACAUUUGCAGCUAGAGUAUUUUUUGUUUUCUUUUAAGUGGCAAUUGGGAAUAUGUAGCCACACAUUGCACAUUUUUCUUCACUAAUAAUUAUAUUGCACACGACAGCUGUAGUAUUAUGCCAUGAAAACUUAAGUCUGGACGUUUUA